GGGCGGGGCCAGACGCCCAUCCCAGCAGCGGGAGCCGGGCGGCCUGUAGCCCCGCCCCUUGGUGAGGCAUGGCCCCGCCUCCCCGCGCCCAGCUUCCUCUCCCGUCAUGCGCUGCGUGGCGCGAGUUUUGGAGGGGCGCGCGCUGUGCUCGCUUCCGGCCUGUGCUGCUUUCCUUGUCUCGUCAUGUCCGGCGCUGCGGCGCGGGCAGGUGGAGAGCUUAUAGCUAGGCUAAACCUGACAAAAAUGGAGAGGUAUCCGUUUUUCGUGUAGGGGAAUGCACAGAAAGAGAAAUGAAGAUGUUUCUGAGUGAGCAACAGCACGUCUUGUCCUACAAUGGAGAACUCCUCGUGUUUCAGCUGUCAAAAACAAAGCACGUGGAGGGAGCAGCUGACAAAACAGUGAAGCUGUGUGUCAGGAGGAUGGCAUUUGACAGAGACACUAAGCUGUUUGUUCAGAAGUCUUCUGGAGCGUUUAGCAUGCAUGCAAAACACUUAGAAGCUGAAAUCAUUUGUUGUGACUGCGCAACGCAUUCCAAAACAGGGAUUGUUCUUCCCUGUGUUUUGAUGAAAAUGAAAAAACAGAAUAAUGUUGUCAAGCACCUUUUACUGUUGCUUCACAGCUCCAAUCAGUUUGAGCAGUCUUGUCAUUUUAAAUUGGAUUAUGAGCUGAAAGAGGAUGUCAGGUUGUUUGCUGGCCCCUCGGUCUUGUGGAGGCACGCCAACAGGCUGUUCUACAUCUCUCCUGACACCUGCACGGUUCUGAGUGCUCCUGUUCAACUUUCUUCCAUUAUGUGGACAGGUGAAAUUGAGGGUGAAGGCACUGUUGUGUUAGGGAUCAGAACUGCUUGCCUGCCGGAGAGUGAGGAUGGUGAUGAGUUUUCCACUUCAGAUAGAGCCAUCUGGGGCAGUGAGUUCUUUGGAUAUGCAAUUGAAAUGCAAAAAAUGCUGACAGGCACAUGCUUCAUGCCUCAUGCUUACAGCAGAGUGGUGUCUUCUGUCUGUGUCUGCAAGAAUGAGAUACUGAAAAAACAGCUCAGAAUAUCAGCUGUUGCCAUCACGCACAAGAAUCAACUGAUCUGGUUCCAAGAUGGUGUCCAUAAGGGUGUUUGUGAGCUUCCUUUUGAGAAACCAUGCUCAAUAAAAACUGCUGUAACCAGUAGCAAUGAUUUGCUAUUUAUUGUGUCUUUUUCCUCUGGGAAUAUAUGUGUUGUACAGAGAGAGAACUUGCAGGUUACUUCCAAAUGGCAGAAGGUGAAGUCUGUUCUGGUAGAUGAUUUCAUUGGUUCUGGAACUGAGCAACUGCUACUGCUUUUUAAUGAUGACUCCAAUACAGAUGUGUUAAAUACGUUCAAAAUAACAGAUUUUGGAAAGGUCAGCUAUGAAAGUGGUAUUAAUUACAAAGACGAUGUUCCUGCUGCAGAAGGAUUACAAGAGAAUGGUUUGCUUACCAUCCAAGCUCUUGAAACAAGAUUACAGGCUGGUCUCGCAUCUGUUCGAGAGCUACAGCAGCAUUUAGGUCUCAAAAAGAGAGUUAUUCUUGAAUCAUGCAGAGCACUAAUAGAUCUUGUUGAAGGAAGAAGCCAUGUUCUACCAAGCGCAAAAAAGGAAGGCCUUGUCUGUCUCUGGGAUGAUGUGGAAAGACCUCACUCUCUUAGUAAAGAGCCAUCGUUGACUCCUAAACUUCAAGAUCACUUCAUAGAGAAACUGUGGCAACGUGUUGUGGGUGACAACUUGGUAGUUGGAGUAAAACUAACUGAAUCAUUUUGUUUAUCAGUAAGUGAUAUCAGUUUAUCGUUAGUGAUGGAUCAAGACUUCUCUUUGAUUUCUCCAAUUAUUGAGUGUCGGAAUAAAAUCAUUAAGGUGAACAAAGUCUUCUCAGCAUUAUCUGUCUCCUCGUGUCAAAUUGAGCCUCCUCAAAAAAAGAUGAGAUUGGAUUUGCAUAGCAAGAAUGAUCUGAAAAAAGAGUUUCAUAAGAGAUGUUCUAGGACUCAGCUGGAUAAAGCAAAGACAGUCACUGCUGUUACCAGCCUUUCACCACUACUGGCAUUUCAUCGUGUUUGUUGUGCAGUUCUACUACAUGCAAAGAAGCAAAACCAUCGGAAUGGUGAUUUACUGAAGAGCAAAAGGAUAACUUUACUCUGUGGAAAAAUUUUGCUAAGUCUGGAAGAUAUUUCAAAUGGAAAAUAUUCAGUAAAUAUGCUAAAAGAUAAUAGUUACUGUACAGGUUCCGUGGAAGACAUACUUGCUAUCCUUGCUGUAUCCAUCAGAUUUUCCUUUCAGAUUGUUUCUUCUGACUACACACUGACUCGAGUAAAUUCAUGGAUACUUAGAGAAAUGGACUGUGUACCAUUUAAGGAAUGCCCUGACAUGGUGUUCUCUCAUCAAGCAGGAAAUAUGUAUGGUACAAUCUUUAGCUGGACACUGAAAAGUCCAUUUGAAGGAGUUCUAACAGUAUUUUGCAGAAGUCUGACUGUCUUGUUCCAGUGUCUUCAUAGCCUUACUAGAGUUCUCCCACCAAACUGUGAUGUAAAACUCCUGAAAUCCGGAAGCAAAGGUGUACUUACUGAGCAGUUAGCGCUGGCUUUGGAAAAAGAAAUGUUCACCUCAAGGAGUUUCCUCUUCUCAAAAGAAAGUAAAGCUGAAAACAAUUUGACAAGGUGGAAUGAGCCUGGCAAGAAAAUCAGUGAUCCUCCUGUGGCUGCUUUACUGGACAGUGAGGAUGGAGUUCAGCAAUUCAGAAAGAAGCUUCAAAAUGAAAAGGAAGAGUGUGUGCAAAGUAUGAACGAAACAAUGGAUGGUACCCUUUACCAGGAAAUGGCUUUAAAAGUAGCAGAAGCUCAGCUCAGUUCUGAUAUGAUUGUGUGGAGACUGAGCAAGUCCUAGAAACUUCUCUAAAUUUAUUUUGAUUAAAGUUUUAAUAAAAUUGUAAUAUAAAAUAAUAUUUAUAUUUUCAUAUAUUUAUAUCACUUUUUAUUCUACAGCUCAGGUAUUUGUAGAGAUAAAUAGCAGUAUUUUGGUUGAUGACUUCUAGCUAGUUCAGCAAAAAUGAGUAUUAAAAAUAGCAGUAAUUGUUUGGUUACAGAUUUCUAAAAUAUAUUUUAAGGUAUUUUUCUAAUAAAUAUUAUUUGAAAGUUACAAUUCUUGAUCUUUAAAUGAAAUACAUUAGAAAAAAAUAGAGUGUACUGUUUAAAAUAGUCCUUUUAAAUUUCUACUAAAACUAUUAACACAGACAACGCUAAGCUUUUUUUUUUUUUUAAAUCUUAAGACUAAGCUAUAGGAAGUAUAUCUAAGUUACACAAUUUUAAUUCAUAAUUUGAUUAUGAGGUUUGACAAAUUCAAAGCAGCAGCAGCAGCCUAUUUUCAUGAUAUGUCAUGACUUUUAAACAACUUCUGUUAAAUCUACGCACCUGUUGUUAAAUCUGAGGGAGAAAGCUCUGACUGUUCUUUGCAGCUCGGUUUUGUGGAGGAUACCCUCGGGUUUGAGACCUUUUGGAGUGCGCAUUAGAGCCAGAGAAACUAGAUCAAGCCUUUUACAAAAUUUCAUGAACUCUUGAACGUUCAUCCUGUAAUCCAAGGCUUUUAAAUUUGAGAGAUCCAUCCUCACUGACAAGCCUACAGAAAGGCUAAUUUGCUUGGUAAAUCCUGGACAAAACUCUUUCCUUGGACCUUAACCCAGCUUCAAAAAUGGAACAAUUGUUUGCUAGUUUCCAGGGUUAUAAAUGCUUGUCAAUAUCAGCUGCUUGCUAUCCUCAACUACUGUAAGUAAUGAGCAACUCCUUGCCUAAUCCUCUUUGUUUCUGAUUAAAAAAAAAUGGUAUGUGUCUAUCCUGGAAGAUUGCUGCCUGUGAUCUUGGAGAUACUUCUUGCUAUGGUAGUUACUUUUUAUCUUUUUUUUUCCCUAUCAUGGUUACAUUUUUUUCAGCUUUGCGAGUGUCAGAAAGCUUGGAAAAUGGCAAAUCAUAAUACUUUGUUUUCUUUUAUCUCUGCUUUAUGCAAGCAAAAUCGUAGUGUUUGUCACCUUUUUUUUUCAAAAGUUGUCAAAACAGUUUGCUGCAAACAAAGUUUUAAUAGUUAACAACUGCAGCAUGUACUCUGACAGUAAGAGUUUGGGUUCAAGAAUGAAAGAUCUAUCGAUUCAGAAGAACGUUCCUCAAGAAUUCUGUGUCUUUUUUUUGUCAAGAAUUCCUGUCAUGGUUUAACCCAGAUGGCAGCUAAGCGCAACAGAACAGUUCAUUUACUCCGACCCACUAGGUGGUAUGGGGGAUAUAAUUUUUAAGAAGUAUAAAUAGUGGAUUGAGGUAAAGACGAGACAGAAAAGGAAGGGAAAAUAAUAGUAAUGCUAAUAAGAUAGGUAGAUCUGCAAAACAAGUGAAGCACAGUGUGAUUGCUCAUCACCUGCUGACUUAUGCCCAGCCAGUUCCCAAGCAGCAGCAGUCCCCCCAGGCAGCUCCUGCUUUUAUUGUUCUGCUUGAUGUCAUAUGUUAUGUGCUGUCUCUCCGACCAAUCUGGGUCAGCUCUUACUCACCUCCAGCCCACUCACUGGUAGAGCAGUGUGAGAAGCUGAAAUGUGCUUGAUUUAGGGUAAGUACUGUUCAGCUCCAAUUAAAACAUCACUGUGUUAUCAACUGUGUUUUUCUCUCCUGAAUCCAAAACAGCUUCAUCCCAGCCACAAUGAAGAAAAUUAACUCUAUCUUAGCUGAAACUAGGACAGUGCCCUAAGAAAUUAAACUCUGUAUUUACUGGGUGAAACAGAAUAAUUUGAAAAAAACUAACCACCAAAUCCAAAAUACCUUUUUUGUUAAGGCACGUUUAUGUUCAGCCCACAGUCAGAGCUAGGAGCUCAUUGUCAGGACUUGGCAAUCAGUUGUCACUGGAAUUCCCAGAGUAACAUUCCUAAUUUUAAGCACUUACAGGAGGAAAAGAAAUCUGGAAACACUGGCUUGCAGUUAAAGGCAAUACCUUGGUAAACCAGCCGAGAAGGAACUUUCAGAGUGACAAAAUUAUUAUUUAUCUCAAGGUACUUGAAGGAGCUUGUGGAAAGUUGUGGAAGCAGUCCAGCCACUGAUUUCUAGGAGGAAGCAAGGUGUCACGUAGUAAUGUUAAUAUGCGUGUCUCUCUAAAAAGAAACUUAAAUUUUAUUCCCAUCCCUCGCUUUGCAGAAAUAGCAGAGUUGACCAAACGAAGAGAAGCUGCUACUGCUACGGACAGAAGUUGCCAGUUUCUAAUUCCGUGGGAUUAGUACCUGUUGUUAUUUAAAAGCAGCACGUAGUUAAAUCACGUAAUUACAUGACUCUUCCUUAGCAGAAUGAUAACCUAUACAACAACAUGUUUCUACUAAUGAGUCCUUCCAGAGGCAUGAAUGCUUAGUUUUUGGAUCAUCAGAUGAAGUCAUCAUAAGCUUUUCUAAGAGGCCUGUAAGAUUCUUGGGUGUAGUUUCCCAACUCUCUAGUAAUGACAUUGCACAACUUCCAUGGGUAGUGAUGCAAUUGGUAAAUGUAAUGUAUUUGCAUGAGAGAUGCUUUAAUGUCCCAGAUUCUAAAUAUCUGCUAGAAAUGCCUGGAAGGUUUCUGCUGGUAAACUUUUGGGCUGGGAACCAUGCAAAACAUACAGCUGUUCUGAGCAAAAGUGUUUCAAGCUCUCUAGCAUAUUAUCAUGAAAUGCCAGCAAUGGGAACCUUUUUAAAGAAAUGUUUGAUUUCCUAAAUUUGUCUUUCGGAAGUAAAAGCAACUAGAGGCGUUGGAAUUACUUGAUUAAUAUCUGGGCACAUGCUGCUGCUGAAAUGUAGGAUCCAAAUUGCACCGAUUAAGAGAAUUACUUAGGUUGGUACCCUAUGUUUCUGGCCCAGUUUCUGGACAUCUGUAUCAUAAUAACUAUUCGCACAAUGCUUUUGCUUACACAUACUCAGCAGGAGCAACUACUGGGAGGCCAGUCCUAGACCCUCAGAGCUCUGGCUUCAAGGCAGGUAGUUCAGGAAAUCUCUCAAAGGACCCUUUGCUUUAUCAGGUGUGUAUGUAUAACCCUGCAGUGUUUUUGUCUUCAUAUAGCAACCACUACCUGCUUGUGCAAGGUCCAAGUUAUGCAACCUGUUUUUGAUACAAGUGUGGGUAGUGCCUAUGUGCACAGCCAGCAGGCUUGUGGGUUUUUUUUUUCACACACAAACUUUUGACAAGAUCAUCAAACUAUGCUCAGAUACAGCUUGUCUUGGUUCCCAGAAAGUCUAGGAAACAGAUUUUAAUUUCUGAAAACCACCAGGCAUCAGUGAUUUCUAGCAGGUAUCUGUCAUUCUCUCUCUGAUCAGGGCUGUAGUCAGCAUGCAGUGGCUCACUACUAGCUAUUCGAAGAGGCUUGAUGUGAAAGGGAAUCCUUGUACAGGAAGCAUGACUGUUUAUGCCUAAUUGCAUGGUUAUGUCUGUCUUACCACUAAAGUCAGCAUGAUUUAAGGCUGUAAGACAAGUCAUUGUGUCUCAAAGGACUGUUUUCCUAGCCAAGUUGGUAUAAUAAACAAAAUUAACUGUUACGGUGAUUUUCUCUGUUGUUAUCAGACCUCUCAGCCAGGGGAAAUCUGUCUGCUCUAGAGUAAUCUCUGUUGGAUAGCAGUAUUUCCUUUUUAAGUGGGUGUGUACAUAUGUAUAUGUUUUAUGUCAACCAAGAGGCUGCUGGAUUUCUUUGUGGUAAUGAGAGCUAAGCCUUCCCUCUCAGCUAAUAAUUAAUUGUUUUCCCACAGCUUUUGAAAACUUGGAAACUGUGACAGUCUUAUGACUGUUCUGAAUCAUGCUGACUGUGCUAAGACGACAAAAUAAUAAUGCUAGCCUGCUUAUCCAUGAGUGAGUUACUCAUUAAAGGCUAUUAACAAAGAUGAUGGGGUCAGCAAAAGGAGUAUCCAAAUAAUGGUAGUUUUCUGCUCCUCCCUUCCCUACUUUCCUGGGAGAACUGAAGUUUGAGAGUAGAAGGUAAGUGUCAAUGCAAGGAUAAAGGCAUGAGUGUGUGGUGGUUGUUUUGGUUUUGGGGUGUGUGUGUGUAUGCAUCUGGAGGUUUUUUUGUUUGUUUUUACCCAAUACUCGAGUCUCUGUAUUUUAGGCAUGCCCCUAUGUGGGAACAAGAUGAUCAUCUUGGAUCAGUAGAAGUUUCUACCUAAGGCAAAGGCUAUAUCAAAUACUCCCAGGGGAAAGGCAAAUGAGUAGGAGGUUUGAUACCACUCUUUAAUUAUUGCUUCAAGAAUGUGAUACUACUUUGGUAUUUUCAGCGACCUUAGGUUUCUAGUAUGUGACAACCUUACCCCUUUAGUGCAUUGAGAAAUUUGUGAUUCACAAGUGCACAGUGGCAACUGAUACUUAUAACUAGGUUAGAACAAAGACUGCCAAAGGGUCAGGUCUGCAUUAGUCCAGUUCCUGCUUGAAAUCCCACAUUCACAAACCCCUGUUGCUUAACUGUGGUAUUUAGGUCAGGUCUGCAGCUUGGUAAAGUAGUUUCAGGUUAACUAAUUCUUCUCCUUGUUGUCUAAAUGGUGAGGUGGUGAAUCAUCCACCCAGCUGCAAUCCUUACCUAUGCAGAGAGGUAUAAAGAAAAGUGCUUUGUAAUGAGUCCUUCAAAACGGCGUGUGCUGCCUCUGUACCUGCCCCCUUCUCUCUCCUUGGAGCCCUAGUUACAAUUUUGAGCUGAACAUGUGAUGUCUUUUAUAAUCCUGCCUUUGAAAUGUUCUCAAGCACAAGGGGAAAAACAGAAGUUGCAAAAUCUUCCAAAAUGUCUGGAUGGUGGGACUCUGCUAUUUCUGCACAGUCUGUACUGUUCCCUCCCUACAGGCUCUACCAACAAGCUACUGGGUUAUGGAUUAUGAUUAUGAGGAUAAGUUGUUGGUUUUUUUUAUAAGCUUUCUGUAAUUAAAGUUCAUUUUUAAUGCAGCUCUACUUACUGGCAGUAGAUUUCAAUGCUAUCCAUAAUCAUUUAAAGAUGUCACUUUAAUUUUACCUCCUAAUCUCAUUUAAGAAAAUUCAGCAGUCAUUAGAUAUGUUGCUAUACUACUAUAACUUUCUAAGUCUACAUUUGGAUGCAAAUUUUUAAUAUAUAAGUUUUGUAGAAAUCAGGGGAGGAAUAAAUUUUAGGAUUUUUUGUUUGCUUGCUUUGUUUUUGCUUUUUUGCAGAAUCAUCUGUACCUCUGGCCCUGGAGGUGUUCAAGGAACGUUUAGAUAUUGUACUGAGGGACAUGAUCUAGUGAGAACUAUUGGUGAUAGGUGGACGGUUGGACUGGAUGAUCUUGUAGGUCUUUUCCAACCUUGGUGAUUCUAUGAUUUUAUGAUCGAGGUGUGACCUAUUGCAGUAAACAUACACAGCCUUCUUUAACCAUCCUAGAUCAGUUGAGUAAGAUGAAAUUACAUCAGAGAAAUCAGAGGAAGUCGUCACAUUGUAGGUACGGGUAUUUUUUCGGUGCAGUGGGAAGAGGCAAUAAUGUCAAACCAGUUCAGGUACUUCUCACUGCUGAUCAGCUUUUUCAAACACAUAGUUUCAUCGCCAAGAGUGGCUGUCGGAUUUGAAGAGACCAUGAACCUUCAUGCUGGAACAGUCUAAGAGUAAGAAUCAAUACAUAUUUCAUACAAUCACUUGUGCUAUGAGAGACCACCUUCAAGAUGAUACAGUCCAGCCACGAACCUGAUCUGUGAUCACAUUCAUUAGAUUAUGUUCUUCUCCAUACUGGUCAGUGUAAUGGCCACGUUGUAUGAAAGUGCCGUGUUUCACCAUCCCAUCAAAAGACUGUCCAUGUAUUAAUGACAGUGAGAUGAACGCAAAAGUCAUCCUCUGAAUAUCAGUUAUUGCUACCUCUGCGGGGGACUUCUAGAAAGCCCAAAUCACAGUUUACAGUGAAGGAAAAUCAUCAGCUUUUUAAUGCUGGUGAUUAAUAUGGGAUUAUUCUGGGAUAUUUUUCCCUAGUGAUGUCCUUAAAUUUCUCAAAAUACAUGAUUCAUAUUUAGCUACUUAAACACAGCAUUUCAAUUGUGCUUUAUUAUCUAAAACACAAAUUUAAAAUUUGUUUACACCAUGUGGUUUCAACUCAUGUGCAUUGUGGCAUAAUUUACCUUUCCUUGUCCUGGGGAGCACCUGUGUAAAUGAAUAAUGAACCAUUAUUUUCUGGAGGUUGUUUCUUUGUUAUUCCAUCUCUCUGCAAAACUAACCAAAUUAUUCCAGUGCCAAGCACCUCACUGCUACGCAAUGCUUUCUUGGUAAGCAUGCGGUGUUUUUAAGGUGAAGGUCAGCAUUUAACAGUUCUGUGGAACUAAUUAAUGUGAGUGAAUUUAUUUGAAAAGAAUGACACUCUUUUUUUUUUUAAAUAUGCUCUGCCUGCAUGUAUAACUCGCUAGGAAUGACUGACACAUUUCACUCAGAGUUUGAAAAAAUAUAUAUAUAUACUUCAUUACUGAGGUAUUUUAUCUCUGAAAGAAAUUGCUGAUUUAAAAUUUCCCCCCCUUUUAGGGUUGAACAAUGAAAUAGAAUUGACAGAAAUAAACCGAAAGGAUGAAUAAGUGAUCCCUGUGUAUUGUAUUUCCCCAAAAUUUGAAUAUAUUCUCUUCUGAAGUUAUAACUAGAUGAUCCACUGAAAUACCAUAAACAGUAUAAUCUUCUCUGGGGGAAAAAAAAAAAAAAAAAAGGCUUGCCGAAGGAAUAAAUCCUUACUCUGUUUUCCUAACAAAGAGAUAUGAAUUUUCCUAAAUGAGUAUAUUUUCUGGAUAAAUUGACACAUUGUAGGCAAAAUGAUGAUGAAUAAUGGAAGAGUCCUGUCAUUUUGAAAAGAAGUCUUUCUGUACUAAGCAUUUCUUUUUACUGACUCUUGAAAACUCUUGGAGUGAAUUAGAUACUUAAAAAUCCACAGUAACCUUCUAUAAAUUAGUAGUGUGUCUGAACUGUAUCGCAUUAGCAAUAUCAAUGAUCCAUAAUUUGAAUGUUUUAAGUGUCUGAGGAUAGCUAGCAGCUAUAAUGAUGAUUACUUUAACACCAUCUGAAGGGUUGUUGUUGUCUUAACUUAAUGGAAUUUGUGGUGCAAAAGGAAGCUCAUAUGCAUGUAAAUCUACCUCUAUGAUACAAUAAACCUGGGGAAAACUUACUUCAUGGACUGUCUUACUGUCCAGUGCUAUUUCUGAUGUCUCUUGCAUUGACUGUUAAACCUGUCUCAUGUAUCUCUCAUGAUAGCAUUUCAGUUGUGAAAUUUAAUUUUUGCUGUAAGCUUAAAAAAUAAAAGAGUCUUUGCUUUCA